AGUUUCUGCAGGUCAACCUGCACACCUGUAGGGAUGCACAAGCUCUUGUGAUGCAAACUGUCAAGGAAAAAGGGGUGGACGUUCUGUUCUGCAGUGAGCAGCAUCGAAAGAACGACCUUGCCCCUUGGUACCAGGAUAAGACAGGAAGAGCGGCUGUGCAGGUGUGCAACCCAGAUCUGCGGGUUGACAGAUUCCUGGAGACGUCCAGCGGAUUCGUGUGGAUAGAGGUGGCAGGCUUGCGUAUGUAUAGCUGUUACUUCUCCCCAAACGAUCUGCUGGCAGACUUCGAAUCCGAUAUGGAUGACCUCGAAUCGAGCCUUAAAGAAUCCACGCUGGAUGUCCUCGUCACGGGCGACUUUAAUGCGAAGUCGCCAGAGUGGGGUGAGACAAGGCUCGAUAAAAGAGGAAAAAUGAUCGGCGAAAUGGUCUCCAGGAACAACUUUCUUGUUGUAAACCGGGGAACGACAUGGACGUUCAGGAGGGAUGCGAUCGGAUCCAUUAUAGAUCUAACGAUCGCAUCCUCCAAAAUAUUUAGCCGCAUAUGCGACUGGCGGGUCUCUGAGGAUUACACCGCAAGUGACCACCAGUACAUCGAGUUCUCAGUCUCAGU